ACACAUGCUGACACCUCCAUGACAGAAAGGGGAACAAGCGGCCCGUCCGGCCAAGCCUCAGUGGCGAGACGCAGACAGAUUCUGCAGUUGCCGCUUUCGGACUCUAGGGGUCACUUUGCCGUUCCGAGCAGUGCCGCCUCAGCCUGACAUGCCCCUGUCUGCCUUUCCCACGUGACUGUCUCUCCUGAAAGGGGGAGGCGGGGAGGAGGAGGAGGGGAAAAGGAAGGAAGGAAGUGGGGAAAGAACUUCACCGGAGACUACAAUUCCCAGAAGCCACCGCUUCACCUUCCCUCCAGCCUCGGACACCGACCCCUCCCCGCAGCGGCCCCCACCCCACGCACGCACGCGCCGAGCCGCCAAAACGGCCGUCGCCCCCACGUGACGCCCCGCCGGCCAAUCGCUUUCGAACCUGAUUUGUUAUCCGCCUCCCCCUUCUUACCUCUCCCCUCCCCUCCGCGCUUGUACGAUCAGAGCGAUCUAAGAUGGCGACGGUGGAACCGGUGAGUGUCCUCGUUCCCGCUUCCUCCCUCUCCGACCCAGCGCCUUCCUUCUCGGCUUCCGGAGGGGCCGGGGAAAGGCCUGGCGGGGGCCAGAAGGCGACCGUGGCGGAGGGAGAAUAUCCUAUCGGAGGGGUAAAAAAAAGAGGGAAGGAAGGGAAGGGGCGGCGGCGGCCUGGCAAUGUGUGUGUGUGUCUGUGUGACGCGCGCGCGUGUACGGCGAGCCGAAGGUGCCGGCGCGUGCGAUGAGGUGACUCGAGGGGAGUAGUCGAGCGGGGCCGGAGGGCGGGGGCGGGUGAGAGGAGAGGAGGGGCGCGUGGCGGGCGGGGGGUCUAGGCGGGUUCCGAGCACGAGCGGGAUUGUGCCGUCACAGCUUGGGCGGGGGCGUUGAGGGGCGGCAGGGGAGGGGUCGCGUGAGGAGGGGGAGAGAGGAGACCCGAGAGGGCCCGUGUGAGGGGAGGGAGGCGGGCGAGAGCGUGUCCUACGGGUGGGGGCGAGGACCUAACUUCUUCGUUUUUGGCGUGGUCGGCUCAGAGGCUCCCGCCGCUUUCUCUCUUCGGCCGCCCCGCUCAAAAACCUCCCUAUUUCUCCUUCCCUCGUCAAUUCUUGCCCUGCUAGGCGCCACACGGCGCCGUGGCACCUCCCCCAUCCCCACGUUUCCCUCAGCGGCCUAUUCCUCUCUUAGGCUGGGGCUGAGGCCGGCUUGCCUAGUGGUCGCCGGCUUCUCUUUCCGCACCCCGAGAGCAUUUCGUGCCGCCCCCGUCCUUGAGGUAGAAGACGCCACCUUUUUUCGGGGGGUCCCGGGCCUAGUAUGCGCACGCCGGCCGCUCUCGCCUUCCUUCUUUCACACCAGUAUUUCGCAAGGGAAACGUGGCCAUGGGGCGCUCCUUAAGAUCGGCUUGGAAGAACAAGCUUUCAGAUUCCCCAGACCUCGCCUAAAGCCCUUGGGAAUCUGUUGCUUGCUAACGGAAGACUGGUCCAAAGUUGAGCUUCUUCCAUACAAAUCACCCCCACGCCUUGGUGUCUGCUUUCUUUUUCUUUCUCCCUACCCGACACCCUAGGUUUACACAUUUGUCGUGAACAAAAGAUCGCUUAAAUCGUUAAUUUCAAAACAAGAAAUUGCUUUGCUUGUCACUGCCACCUAUCCCAAUGUGGGUGGAGUGGUAACGUUCAAAAGCAGGAUUUGGGGGAGGGGGUGCGGUGGAGGACUAUGACAGCUCAUUUAGCAACAUUUGUGCUGGGGGAAACUCAGGCUGUGAGCCAAGUAGCCCUGUAAAUUGGUUCUGACACUGUAUAUAGGCAGCAGCAGCAAGUUAAACUUGUGUCUUAGAAUAGCAACCUUUUGAAGGACUGAGUCUUGCCUGGCUGUAGCAUGAAUUCAGUAUGCCCCUCUGCAGUUGCCUUUAGGAAAAUGUAUUCUAUUGCUAACCUAAUUUUCAAGAGUAGGCAUAGUUUUAAAAUGUAUUAUUUUUCUUAGUCCAUACACAUUAAUACAAGCUGCUUCCUAAGCAUCAAAGAAACAGAAUAACUAUGGAGUGAUCCAUAAUUAUAAUAAUCUUAAGUACCCAAACUCAUACUCAUAAGUACCCAAACACUUUUGAAAGCUCAUUUUCUGAUAUUUCCCAGUUUUAACAAGUUCCUCAUUUUUGUCACUUUCAUCAUCGUCCAAAGCACAACUGUAUGUGGGGUAUUUGAAGGGGGCUUGUUUUAAAGUACUAUAUUUUGCAAGGUAUUCAUCACCAUGAUUGAAAACCUUUUUGGACCAUGUAGUAUUGGAAGGGUAAGUAUUCAGUCUUUAGUUUUGUAUCUGUAAUGUUUUAUGCACCAGCACUAAUUUUGUUGCUAGUUGCCACAGUUGGAUAUGAGUAACUUGGAUUCCUAGCUGAAGAGAUUAUGACUAUAUGAUGUGGAUUGUUCAAAGGCAUUCUUAAGGAAGAGUGUGAUGGGCAGAUUAGAGCAUGUAAUUACAACAAAGAAUGCAGGUGAUAAAUAAGUGUUUCAUCAGUACCUGUGCUGGCAGUGUCAAAUUGCUAUUUUCUGUUUACUAAUUUUAAUUGGCAUAGUUUUGAAGACUAUUGUUAGUCAGCAGACAGAUACUUGGAUUAUCUGGCAAUGCAGCAUUAUUUGACACAAAUAAUUUUAAAUUUUUAUUGUCAUAAUUGGCUUUAUUUUUUAAACCAUCUUCAGUUUCUAGAAGUAGCUUCCUUUCAGGUUCAGAAUCUUGAUUUGUUGAGGAGUGGUAACUAGUAGUAAGACCACAUUUCUUGGGACUGCCCAGAGUUCUUGACUCACUGGACUGGAUUCUUACUUAAGAUAGGCUGAAAUCAAUGGGACCUAAAUUAUUUAUGAGUAAGUUUGCACAUUGAUUUCAGUGGGAACAAAGAUCAAAUAGCCUAAUAUUGAUCCAGUCCGUUGUGUCUCCUGUUUCUGUGUGGUCUCAAAUUUACUAAGGUCCGAACUUGUAGCUGUGUAUAGUCUUAAGUUUAGUAAACAGCUUUCAGCAUCAUAUUGUCAAGUCUUGCAAAUUAGGAUAGAAAAUGGAAUAACAGAACCCAAUAAUUACUUAAUCCUGCCAUAUUUUCAUAUGUUGGGGCAGUUUAGUGGUUAAGAGAGCCAGUGUGAUAUGUUGGACUUGGAUCCCAGAGUUUGAAUCUCCACUCAGUCAUGAAUCUCACAGGGUGACCUUGGGCCAGUCACAUUCUCUCAACUUAAGAUACCUCAUUGGUUUCUUGGGAGGAUAAAAUGAGGAGAUGGAGAACUCUGUACUCCAUCUUGAGCUGCUUGGAAGAAAGGUGGGAUAUAAAAAGAAUACAUAAAAACAAAGAAAUAAAUGUUACAAAGCUUUUAAAAAUCUAGCAGAGCGGCAGUGGCACCACUGAAAUUGCGAAUUUAAUUUACAAUUGACUCUCAACUUAGGCAUGUUCACCUUAUACAAUUACGACUUUACAUGGUUGGUGGCCAUUUAGUUGAAAUUGUACAAAUUAAUAAAAGGCAGAGUUUAAAAGCUCUUUUUGUGCAGGGUUUUUCUAACACGGAAAGAGGUUUUACACUCUACUCCUUGCUUACUGGACUCUGGGAGACUCUUGCGACAUCUUGCCAAAGUUUGUGAGAGAGCCUCCUAGAGCCCAAUGACCAAGGCGGAAAAGGGGGGGUGGUGUAAGACCUGUUAGGCGCCAACUCUGGAAUGUAAGACUGCUUGUACAGGGGCAGUUUCAGCGGGGUGUUUCGACUAAACAAUUUUUUUGUGUAUAUGUGCCGUCUGUGGAAUGUAACCCCCUGUACAAUAUAUAAAUGGAGUAUGUACUACAUUAUGACCAGAUAGGGUCAUACACUGGUAUCAGUGUUCAAGAUCUUGUCGCCCUUUGGAUCUAGACAAAUUCCUUGAGAGUUAGGAUGAAGCCUAAUUGCAAUGGAACCGACUAUGUGAUGUUCACUGAGAAAUAGUAAUUAUAGUUUGCUUUAAAAAAACAAAACAAAUGUAAUUGUCUUUUACAAUUUUAAUGUUUUAUUUUUUAUAAACCACUUGGGUGUUCUAUUAUAAUUGGUUGGUGUAUAGAUUUUGUUAAGUAAAGUAAAUUGAUGUUGCAUUGUGGAGUGACAUUUCCACACAUUUAGAAAUCCAUAGAGAUCCUGAGCCAAGUGGUAGUUUUGAUCAGGACCAACCAACCCAUGGGGCAAGGUAACCUGCCUCAGCUGGCAGGAUCCACAGGGGCAGCAAAUCCCUAUGUAGAUAUUCGCUCAUUCUUCCUUCUCUGGCAUGGAAAGGGGCCCCAUUUUGUGGUUCUCCUCAGGUUCAAAAUGUCUUGGGCUGGCCCUGAUUCUGAUAAUCUGCUUUUAUGUACCUACAACUGUGUGAGAAGAAUACCCUUGUCCUCCACAUGAAGAAGCUAUUCUAACUCUAAUAGUACAGUGUCCACAUUUGCAAAAUCAUGGUCAAAUUCAUUAUUAUUAGGAGUUGGAAGUAUAUUUGGAUGUGCUUACCCUGCAAAAAGGAAAACCUAUGCAACAUAGUAUUAUCAGAAUAGUAAACAUGCAACAAGUCGACUUUGUACUUUGUUUAUAUAGGAAACCACUUCUAACCCUCAGACUUCAGAAGAAGAGAAAACCGAGACACCAGCAAGCCAGGAGGUAGUCAGUCCUGAACCAUACGUUAAGCAUCCAUUACAAAACAGGUGAGGCAUGUUUCCUCUGAACAAUAUAAUAGAAUAUUAUAACUUACAGAUAUGAAUUACAUUUAAAACAUUGUUUGAAAAUUCCUGUGAAAACUUGUUUUAUUGCAAUUUUUGACUAAAGGAUGAAAAUGAAAAUCUAACCUUUAUGAUGGACUAAACGAGUAUAAAGUGGAUGUAUUUCAAGAAAUUGUAAAAGGGGAGCCUUCUACCUUUACAACCAUGCAAACAAGAUUGUAAAGCAGCUGGGAUCUGGCUUGUAGUGCACACAAUGGACCUAACCUCAGCAGCAUGGCUUGAAUUUGGUGAUAAUUUGUGUGCCGAAUGCAAAGGAAUAAUCGGGAGCAUGGCUUACAUUUGGUGCAGUUGGGAGUCGACAGACUGCUGACCUUCAAUAACACUCCUGAUUGCCCCUUGGAAGAUGCAACAUCACCUGUACCACACAUGAUGUCAUAUGGUGUAUGGUGAGCAUGGCUGGGGAAGAAUGGCCCUGUGGUUCAAAUUAGGAGUUCUGUGGGCAGGAGGUUCCAGACCCCUGGUGUAGAACUUUGAACAGCAGUAUUGCUGCAUGAUAAAUAGCUCUUGUUUCAAACAGGACAGAAGAGGGGCAGCCCUGGAGAGGACACUUCAGUACUGUUAAAGCACCAAAAAGAACACUGGAAAACCAGUUAUGAGUUUCUAGUCUAUGCAGCCACAGCAGGUGCUGUGAUUUUCCAGGGGUUUGACUUCGCCCCAGAAGGACAUUCCAUUGUCUCUUAAGACAGAUGGAUGCCCACAACAUUUCAUAUAAUCCUAGAAUUGUAGAGUUGGAAGGGACCUCAAGAGUCAUCUAGUCCAACCAUGACUGGUGGCCAUCGAGCUUAAGAAUCUCCAUGUAAGGAGAGUCCCAAGGGAGUCUGUUCCACUGUCAAACAGCUGUUACAGUCAGAAAAUUAUUCCUGAUAUUUAGUCGGAAUCUCCUUUCUCAUAACUUGAAUUGCAAUACCUCAGCAUUGCAGGUAACACUUCUACCUUCCUAGAAAGCUUUCAAAGGUUCUAGGCGGCUCUCGCACAUGUUUCAUUUGAACCAAGUUAGAAUCUGCUUUAAGCUUUUCUGAAGUAAUCUUUUCAACUUUUAAAAUAUGGGCUGCGUUCUGAGGACUGCCUUUGUUUUGUUUAAGAAGACUUUUAUACUGCUUAUAGACCAACUAAGUUUGUUCUGGUAUAAGCCUUCGUGUGCAUGCACACUACUUCAGAUACCAGAACAAACUUAAUUGGUCUAUAAGGUACUACUGGAUUAUUUUUUAUUUUUUAUUAUUUUUAUUUCGACUGCGUCAGACCAACACGGCUACCUACCUGAAUCUUUUAUACUGCUUAACCAUCAUAAACAAAAUAUUUAUUAAUAAUACUGAUAAUAAAACUUUUGAAAGUUAUAUUUCACUUCAUUUAACUGUGAAUGAUUAAGGGAAUAGUCUUUUAAUUAUUGAUGUCCAUUUGACCUACUCAGUGCCUUAGGUGAGAACGCAGUUCUCAUAAGAGCCUGGCUGGAUCAGACCAAGAGUUGGUUGCCAGCAGGGCGAGUCAGAUACUUCUGGGAAAUCCAGAUACAGAGCAUAUAGACCACAAUCUGAUCCCAUUGUUUACCCCUUAGCAAAUACUAUAAUGUCUCUUAAGUAUUACAAUAUGUGGGUUUACAACUAAUCAUAUAAUGUGGCACUGAGAGGGUUGUAACAUAGAUAUCAGAAUAUGAUGUGUUCAUAGCUUAAAACACAUACAAAUGUGUAAUGAAAUCUGUGCUUUUAGAAUUUUAGUGGCUUCAGUUUACAGAUUUUCUUGUUUCAGGAGAUAAACUGCUAGGAGCAAGAGACUCUACCUUUUUUUUAGUCCGUUGUUAAUCCUGCUUUACGAUUUUUUCCCUUCCUCUUGCUGAAAGACCUGCAUUGCUGCAAUUUCCUGACACUUUUAAGAUGAGUUACAGCUGGUAAAAGAUACGAUGGUGCUGGUGUAGUGUUAGGUUCUCAUUACCAAAAUAGGUUGCUUCCCCCCAAAUUUCUCUAAUCAAAUCUCCUUGUCCCAGGUCAGUGUGACCCUGUAAAAACAUUGUUCCUGGUUAUUCUAAUUUGGAUAGCUCAGAUAUUUCUGAAUGUAUUGAAGCUCUGUUGCAUUUUCAAGAGUAGUUUAAAAUAGCACACCCCAAAUAGCUCUAGUGAAAUAAGAAUAUUGAUAUUGAGUGGUUGACUGAGUGGAAUGUAUAACUUCACAGAACAAUACUCGGCAACUCUUCAAGUCUGUUGAUUCUAUGUGCUUUCUGAAGUUUUGCCUAGAGCAGUAUCCCCAUCCAAAGAAGUACAUAUAUAGCAGCUGCACUGUGCACAAAGCACUUCUUUUUAAAGCUAAGGUGAUAUUGAUCAGUCAGUUAGUGAGAAGCAGCAGCAAUGGUGGACUGAAUCCAGUCUUGAUGCACCUGAUCACCAGGAGUUUACAUUUUUAGACACUAUACGUGCAGCCCUGACUUUUGGAUCAGAGAGGGUAACUUGCACAAGGUAAAGGUAAAGCCUUUAGGUCCAGUCGUGGCCGACUCUGGGGUUGUGGCACUCAUCUCGCUUUAUUGGCCGAGGGAGCCGGCGUUUGUCCGCAGACAGCUUCUGGGUCAUGUGGCCAGCAUGACUAAGCUGAUUCUGGCAAACCAGAGCAGCGCAUGGAAACGCCGUUUACCUUCCCACCGGAGCGGUACAUAUUUAUCUAUUUGCACUUUGGCAUGCUUUCGAACUGCUAGGUUGGCAGGAACUUGCGCAAGCAACCUCUAGUUGUACAGAUACAGAAGCUUGCUGCUCCCCAUGGAAUGCCACUAACUAGGUUGAGGUAGAUAAAUUGUUCAGAAAGCAUGCUUCAGAUUAUAUGCUUUACUCCAGAAUCUGUUUUCAGAAGAUUGAAUUUUGGAAAUAACAGUAUUUAUAAUCUCCACCCCCCCUUUCUUUCUUAGGUAAGCAUUCAUUAUAUCUAAAUAUAAAUAUUGGCCUUCCAUCAAAUUCUUUCUCCGUCAGCUUUGCGAUCUAGAGCCUCAGUACCUUGCCCAGUUCAGUGGGAUCUGAAAAUUAAACCUGUGGGCAUUCUUGCUAUCUAUAAUUUUCUUUCCUAAAUUUCUUCUAUGCUGUAUGAUUUUUAAGUCCUUACUAUUCUUAGUCGUAAUAGGACACUGGAUAAUAAAACAUAGUAGCCUAACAAGAAAUCAAUAUUUUUUCAGGUGGGCGCUCUGGUUCUUUAAAAAUGACAAAAGUAAAACCUGGCAAGCAAAUCUUCGUCUGAUCUCAAAGUUUGAUACUGUUGAAGAUUUUUGGGCGUAAGUGAAGCUUCUUAGAUGCCGGUCUCAUUCAUUCUUGAAGUAUUUCUUUAUAGUAAUGUGUAGCUUUUUAAAUCAGCCUGUACACUAGCUCAGAGCCUCUGUGGGAAGGUUUAUACUGCAUUUUUCAAAACUCAAUUAAACAUGAAAUUUGAAUUUUCCCCUUUCUGUUCAUUAUGCAGGAUGACAUAAGGAAAAAGAGGGAACCUAGUAAGUUGAAUGAAAGGGAUCUGGCAAAUACCUUGAUUUUUUAAAAUUGACAGAUGAAACACAAUUCAGGAAAAUCUCUGCAGGCACAGACUAAAAAUCCUUCAGAGUUUUUUAAUAGAAAAAGUAGCUGAUUAUGAAACUAAUUAACACCAACGUAGGAGAACUAUAAACAGUCAGCUACAGUACCUAUCAAGUAUUGGGGACUCCUAUGAGCUAUGCUUAUUAAGUCAGGAUGACUAACCUGUGACACACCAGAUGUUGCUGGAGUACAACUCCUUUCAUCCCUGACAAUUGACCAUGGGGCUGAUAGGAGUUGAGUCCAAUGGGAACCACAGGUUAGCAACCCUUGUCUAAACAUUUCAGGUAAUAAAAAUGUAGAAGCAAUUGUCUUGCAUUGUCAGCGUUCCUUAUACACAUGUGACUGGAUUUAAUUUUUAAUUAUUCCCCCCAUGCCGUGAAAUUAAUUGUUGAGAAUAAGUUUAUAUUCCUAAUUAAAGCACCUUAAAAUUUAAGAUGCUAGCCUGAUUUAUCGUGGUGAAAUCUGCACUGCUUGUGAUAGUUCACUUUCGUAAUUGUGUUUUGCUUUUUCCAAAUAGGUUAUAUAACCAUAUCCAGCUCUCUAGUAACUUAAUGCCCGGUUGCGACUACUCACUGUUUAAGGUAUGCAGAGUAAACUUAAGUAUUAGCUUGUUAAUUAUUAUGAAUAAUGUUUUGGGUCCCCUGUCUUAAAAUGUCUUAAGACUGUAUGUAAACCACACUACUCCACCUCCACAGAGUCUAGUAUUUCCUUGUUGCACAUUCAUAGCUUGACACUUGAUUUCUAUAAUGUGUUCAGGCACACACUAGUGAACUUAGCUGUUUGAGUUAGGUGUGAAUUGCUAAUCUUAAAUGUCUCUGGGCUGCCUUGCCACACACUGCCUCUUUCCAUGCUACUGUCUAUAAAUGAAAUCCUUUUUCUAGUUAGUCCUGAAACUUCUCUGGCAGUAGGAAAGUCUUUCCAUACAUUGGUUGUAUCCAACGAAGUCUUUCCACUAGUGCAAAAGCAAGAGGCCUUUCUCUCCCCACCCCAGUCUACUGCAGUUAAUUGGGGAAAGCCUCAGAACAGAGGGGUCCUGUUAGGCAGUUGGAAUUUCUUGCACCAACAGGAUAAUUUAGUUGGGUACAACCCAUUGCAUUGCAGGUGGUAUUAAGACAAAUGAGUUUAAAAUCUUAAUGCCAUGAGAAUAGCUGGGCUCAAAUGCUGCAUUAAAAUGGAGUGAUAUUGCAUUGUGCAUUAUCUAGAUUUAUUGUUUUCUGCUGAAAUUGCACUUUUUAGGAUGGUAUUGAGCCCAUGUGGGAAGAUGAGAAGAAUAAACGAGGAGGACGGUGGCUAAUUACACUAAACAAACAGCAGCGACGAAGUGACCUUGAUCGCUUCUGGCUAGAGACAGUAAGUUUUUUGUGCUAUUUUGUCCUGCUUAAUUUUGAGAGAUGAACUGUUUCAAAAUUCCUGAAGGGAGGAGGCAUGUUGAAGAACUCAUCAGUUGCCACUUCUAUGUACCUGUGAGUGGUGGUGUAACAACUUGUGUAGACGCUGUGUCUGUCAUGCUUAGAUCACUAGUAGCUCAAGGUGUAAUGGGUUCCUUAGGCAUUGAAUCCAGGUUCAUUAACAUGGUCCGCCCCAAGUAUUUGUGAAGCUUAUGGGAUCCCUGGGAGGCGGGGAGUUGUGGGGAGGUGGUAGUGCUAAUUCUGAUUUGAUGAAGGGGAAUAGAUAGGAUUUCCCCCUUGCAAUCAUAAACAAACGCCCCAAAAUGGCACUGAAAACUAUGCAACAGGUAGAAUAACUGCAGGACAAAGGGGACAACACAUGCUGAAUUCUACUGAGUAUGUCAUAGUACAGUGGUACCUCUGGAUGCGAAUGGGAUCCGUUCCAGAGCCCCGUUCGCAUCCUGAAGCGAAUGCAACCUGUGUCAUUUUGAGUGUCUGCGUGAGCGGCAAAACCCUGAAGUAACGCAUUCCGUUACUUCUGGGUCGCCACGGAGCGCAACCCAAAAACACUCAACCCGAAGCUACUUCAACCCGAGGUAUGACUGUACCUAUUUGUAGACCUUUUAGACCAGUGUUUUUCAACCUUUUUUGGGCAAAGGCACACUUGUUUCAUGAAAAAAAAUCACGAGGCACACCACCAUUAGAAAAUGUUAAAAAAUUUAACUCUGUGCCUAUAUUGACUGUAUAUAAAGUAAUUCUCUGGAAUAGGAAUCAAAUAAACACAAAAAAAGUAUUUUAUAAUUACUUUAUUAUGAAAUAGUAAGUAAACAGAAAUAUGAAAAAUUAUAAAAUACUUUAUUCAGUGCGCAACCUGGGCCUGUUUGGCUGAACACAAAGCUGAUAUUCUGGCUGGAAUCGAAGAAAGACACACACAUAGCUCUUCGUCAACAGCUCUCAGUCUCUCUCUGUAUUUAGUUUUUAUAGCAAUCAUGCUUGAAAAGCUCAUCUCACACAGAUAUGUAGUGGAAAAUGGGAGCAAUGUCAAAAUAGCUUUGUUUGCCAGAAGGGGGAACUCCUUGGCAGUAUCCAACCAAAAACUGUCCAAAGGUAGAUCAGCAAAUCUUAGCUUGAAACCAUGAUUUUGUCUCAGUUCAGUUAUGUCCUUUCCACCAAGUGAUGCUGAGCUAUAAGGGUCCCUAACCCAGUCAAGGCAUUCAGUGGAGACUGAAGAGAAAUAAAAUGACAACUUCUCUGGUCCUCCUGGUGACUUGAGUCGCGACGUCUUCUUCUCUCCGCUGCUGCGCACACUGUGCUCGGGCAGGAAGGAAGUCGGAAGAUGAUGUCCUACUGUGAUAGGUCCAGGCUGGAGUCUGGACCAAUCACAGCCCGGACAUAAGAAAAGUGGAGGGUGUCCCCCUGAGGAGCGCCAAUUGGCGCCCUUGCUGGCCAAGGGUGGGGUCAAAAACCCCACCCCACCCCCAUAUCCAGGACACAGUCCGGCGCCCGCCUAGUGGGCGAAAAUUUGAAUUUUUUAAAAAAAACUUUCGGAUUUUUCAAUUUUUCCCACGGCACACCAGGCAACAUCUCACGGCACACUAGUGUGCCGCGGAACAGUGGUUGAAAAACACUGUUUUAGACAACAAAGGAAGUUGUUCAUCAUCUGAGUAAAAUUGUAUCCUGUUGGGAUGCUUUUGUUUUGAGAGGAUUUGUGUUGUCACAUGAGGGCUUAACAAAGUGGAAGGAAUUUGCAGUUUACUGUAGACUUACUCUUGCAUUUUUGUAUGUGGAUCCCAGCCCUAAAUUUGCAUUCCCUGGCUCUUGAUAUCCGAAAAGGAGCCCCUUAGCAUGAGUGGCUGCUUGCAUGUAGCACCCAGUAGCACAGGACUCCUUUUCAGAGGUUGCUAGCCAUGGGACACAAAAUCAAUGGUGGGGCCAACAUGCCUCCUGCUUCAACAUGUGCAUUCCUUACGUAUGAGUAAUCUGUAAAUAGGACUUGACACAAAUUUGUUUGGUAGUUUUCUGAUAAAUCACUCAGGUCUCUGACUUGCUUGUGACAUGGUUCUGGCCCAGGGUGUCAGAAGGUGCCUCUUGUUGCAGUUACAUAGAUUAUUUUGGCCUCAUUUGCCUUGGGCAAAUUAACAUUGUGUUCAGGGUUUUGGAGAAUGCCACAUCUUUAUCUCCAUGCCCAUUUACAUUUGGACUUCUUGUUAUUUUUGAUGCGGUGGACCAGUUUAGAUGGCUAGUAGGGAUAUUUGGUCUGGCUCCUGAGUAAUUUGAUUUCUUUCUCCAUCCAAGGGUCCUUAAUUGUAGCUCUGCCCUUUCAAGUUGACAAUGUGUUAUCUGGAGCUCAGUUUAUUGCCAGUGGUUUCUAACAUACAACUGAAGAUGCUGAGAGUUUGGAACUGAUUGCCAUCAAUACCCUGAUACCACCCAGCUCUUAACUGAACAACUACAAAGAACUAUCUCAAUUCUAAAUCUAUGGUAGAUGAAACAGACUGAACUUGCAUCUGGGCAAGAAAGAGUACAGUGGGCCCACCACUUAUGCAAGGGUUCAGUUCUUGGGGUCCGUGCCCAAAGGCAAAAUUGUACAAAGAUGGGAACCUUUGGAACUGCUCACCCUCUGCCCCCCACAAGGCAAAGGGUUACUUAUUGGGCCCUGGGAAAGUUGCAGGAGGGCCCUAGAAUGCACCCAUGACCUGCCCAGUAUGGGAAAUAAAUUGAGAGAGGGAACAACAGGUUUUCCCCCACUCUCCAUAUAUUUAUUUACUUUCCCUCAUCUGUGUACGGUUGUGAUAAGUAAAUUGUGUAUAAGUAAAUUAGGUGUAAGUUGCGGCUCACUCUAUUACAAACACUUGGCAACAGGUUGAUCUUAGUGGUAAUCUCAUCAGGUAAGAGCCUGUGGAUGCACAAAUCGGGGAUUGCCUGCAUUGUUCUUCAGAAAGCCGAUGUGUGGUGGUCUCUGGUUUCCUGUCAAAGACAGUUGAAAAUGCUUUCAUAUUAUUGGUUAUCUUGGGAGUGUUUCUUGUCUUAUGUAGUGUUCAUGUUCUUCCAUUCAUUUGGUUGUCUUUUUCUAUUUAGAUUGUUUAAUGGUCUAUUACUCUUUUAUAGCUGUUGUGCCUUAUUGGAGAGUCCUUUGAUGACUACAGCGAUGAUGUAUGUGGAGCAGUUGUUAAUGUUAGAGCCAAGGGUGAUAAAAUAGCAAUAUGGACUACUGAAUGUGAAAACAGGGACGCUGUUACACAUAUAGGGUAAGUUAUGCUGAAUAAACUGCAGUAUACUGUCUUCCUAAGAAUACCCUACAUGUGGAGCUGGUUCAGAUAUCGCUAUAAACCAGGCAGAAGGAAUUACUGAUCUGUGGGUCAAAUUAGGAGCCUUACAAGUCCAGCCAUGCCGACCCAUUGAUCACCUGACACCCUAUGACAAAGAUGUGGGAUUGGUAAAGCUAUGGUGACAAAGGAACAAUCAAGAGACUUUGAGUAUAGUCCCAAUUGUUCCUUUGCAGCAGGGCUUGAGCACGGAAUACAAGUCCUGCUGAUGGCUGGCAGACUCAGGUCCUCUUGACACCAUGACAACAGGUUAUUUACAAGUGGGUGGAUUUGCCUGACAGUCAGAAACGGCCCACAGAGGGGUGGCCACUUCUUGACCCAGCCCAGUGGACAAAAGUGAUUUUCCACCUCUGCUAUAAACCAUGGCUUAUUGUGAUAGGAACAAUAUGUUGCACAGACACUUUCCAAUUCCUCCAGCAUUACUCCAAGGAGAAGAUCAAAAGCUUUUACUUCAGGGUUUUUAUGUUUUUUAAAGAAAGGUAGCUUGUUUUGUCCAAAUCCAACUAACUGGCUAAUAUUGACGAUGGUUUGCAAAUUUCAAAGCAUGUAAUAUGAAGUUUGUUUGUUUCCAAAAAAAACCAUAAUUAACCACUGUUAAGAGUAUGGAUGUAAUGCUAAACUGCAGUUAAUUGCAAAUGGAAGCAAGAGCAUCCCAUCUCCUCCAUGGCCACACUGGAGAAGGAAUGGAGAUGUAUAAGCCCCAAACUUAUUGCAGCUCAUUCCCAUCACUGUAAACCAUGGCUAAUCAUGAUGCCUACACUGUUGCACUAUGUGCAGCCUAAUCUUAUACAUUCUCAUAAUCUUUACUCAGAAAUCUUACUCUGUUCAGUGAAACUUAGUCUCAGGUAAAUGUGCAUAGAUCUGCAGCCUGUUUCCAUUGAUACCAAGGAUAAUGAAGGAAAUUGAAACAACUCCAUCCUCUUGGGAAUGUUCAGCUGAAACUUACUCUUUCACAAGUAUGAUGUAAUGGUUUGUUUCUGGACAGUUUCACAGUGGGUACUAAUUUCAGUUGCAAAAGAUUGGAGAUUAUAGUGUUGCUUAAGCAUGAAAUAUACCCUAUGACUUUAUAUUCUACAUAUUACAGAAUGAGGAGGUUUAAUUCAGAGUAUAUUUAAAUUCUAUGAAAGUAUAUUAAAUCCAUUGAAACCACAUGAACAUGGAUUUGGAAAUACAUAGACUUUGGAAUGAGUAUUUAUUGAAAGGAAAACUGUGAUUGCAAGCAUCUGCAUUUAUCGUGCAUACAGCAUAUUGUCCGCUAUUGGACAUACACUUAGUUACUUGUAAUUGCUGUCAUUGAAUGGGUUGAAUAAAUCAAAGGUGUUCUGUAAAGUUAAGACUGGCCACGUUUCUCUAAAAAUAGAAGUUUUGUGUCAGAGCCAAUAAAACUUUGUGCAAAUGUUAUGAGAUAGCUGUGGUCAUGUCAAGAAUCAAACAUUAUUUUGGCUGCAAACCUAAACACCCUUAUAUGGUACAAAGGGAUCUCUGAGUAGGCUUGUGAAGCAUUGCAAUUAGUAUUGGAAUAGGAUUCUAUUUUGAGAAAUGCACUACAAUAUGCCUGACUUACAGCUGUGCGUGUGCUAGUGAAUGAAUUAACUUUAUCUAAGCCAGCUGGAGGGUCUGGACCCCCUAGGUUACGGGCCUGAUUCAAGGUGGGUUGCAGCAGUAGCACAGUCACCAUGCAAAUAUGGUAAAAGGUUAAAUAAUGGGUUCCCGAAUGCUUGUUUGGGUUAAAACUGAGUCCUGGGUCUGAAAAGGUUGAAGAUCCCUGAAAUCAACAGUGAUCUCAGUCCAGACCUCCAGCCUACAAAAUGAGACCAGCUUCCCAUUAUUCAAAGGAUGUAAUCGGGGCUUUCUCACCUGUAAUUGUUGUGCAGAAGAUGAAAUUUGGCAGGUGUGCACGUUCACCUUUGUGUGAUAAGCUGCACUUGCCAAACUUCCUUCCUUAAUGUAGCUGUUAGUGGCGAAAGAGUUUUCUGCCCCCUUGGAUCUAUUUCUGCCUUUUUCCUUAAAUAGCCUAAAUGAGAUAAAUAAAAUGAUGCUGAAGUCACAGCUGCUACCAACCUUAAGGGGGGGUGGGCUGUGAGCUGCCAGUGGGAGACAGAUGGUUUUAAGGGACAUUCAGCCUGUAAUAGCCUUUCUUUGAAAGUAGAGAUAAGUCAGAGCAACUAAAAAAAGUUACAAGAUAGUGAGUCCUGGUGAUUCAUUAUGGAUAUAAUGAAGAGCAGUUAGAUUUGUCAGAUGAUAGCAUCAGUUAUUCGGCAGAUAAAGUUGAAAUGGAGAAUAUGUGAAAACAGUAUGAAUUGACUGCUGAGAUGUUUGAGAUUUUUAUAACAGCCGAUUUAAAAUAAUAUAAAGCUCUCUGAAAUUUUUGGAUUUGAGAGCUUUCAUAUGUGAAGCUAGCAUCUUGUUCUCUUCCGUUGAAUACUAUUUAAACAGAUAUUUUAUGUUUUUAUUUCUCAGGAGAGUGUACAAAGAAAGGUUAGGACUUCCUCCAAAGAUAGUGAUUGGUUAUCAGUCCCAUGCUGACACAGCUACUAAGAGCGGCUCCACCACUAAAAAUAGGUUUGUUGUUUAAGAAGACACCUUCAGAGUAUUUCAUAGGAGACUGCGUCAAGCAAUCGAGAUUUGGGAGCUGAACCAAAGCCUCUAUAUAAAAGCAGAGUGGACUGCAUUUAAAUCUGAUUUCCAUCUAAAUGUUGCUAAAUUUGUGAAAGUCUCAUUUGCUUUUGUCUUGUACUUCUGUGUUUGUUUUUCUCCCCCAUUUUUGGCUGAAGUAACCUUUAUCCAAUCAAAGAAUUUCAGUACAAUUUGCCCACUGAAACCAUAAAGGUCUCCCUAGCCCACUCUGUGAUGCUUCUUAGGAAAGUAAAUAUUAUAUUAAAUAUAUCCCAAAAACAGUGCCAUUUCUACAGGGGAAGAAACUACUACUUUUUCACCUUUGCAUUGUAUGCAACAUGUUUUGCUGGUUUGAAAGAAUAGUAUGAUGCAUACAUUUUUCUAGCAAAUAUUUCUUUAUACAGCAUUGUCUUUGCUGUAAUGGAUGCUGAUGGCUGCUAGAUUUAAUUUAUUGUUUCCCUCUCUGAUAACAUUAGUGAUAUUCUAAUUUCAGUUCUUGCUCAUGUAACAUUGGUGAAGGAUCUAUCUGGGAAUAUGACAAAAGGUUUAAUAAACAUUAAUUUUGUGCAUUCUUUGGUAAUUAUUUUGUAACAUCAAAGCUUUGCUACGAGUUUCAUGCAUUUCAAGUCAAAUCAGUGAUAUGUUUGUGUGAUUUCCUGAACAUAAUUGUGGAUUUUUAAAAAUGUAACACCAUAAUUACAUUCCUUACUAGAAAUAGUAUUCCUGUUUUUUGUAUCUUAUGCUGUAUUUUAACACUUUGUAUUCCUUAGGUUAUAUUUUGCUUUGGUUUAAGAACAGCUCGAAUAGAAACGCAGUCCCAUUCAUAUUAAGACAGUGUACAAAACUGUAAAUAAAAUGUGUACAGUGAAUUGUCUUUUAGACAAGUAGAUUCGUCCUUUUAUUUCAUUAUAUUGACUUGUUUUGUACUACUACUGAUAAGGCGGUCUCUAUUGCGGCCUCUGUAGUAGGCGAGGUUGAGCCUUAAGGUAGCAUUUAAUUCGAGUUGUGCUAGAUUUUCAUAGAUAGUGUUAUCUUCAGACAGAACUGCAUUGCGGUGACUAUAUCUUAAAUGGAUAUGUUUGUUUAACUGUUCAGUGAAUUACAUUGCUGUUUGGGCAGCAUGCUCAGAAACGGAAUAAUCCAAUGGAACAUAAUAGCUGAAAGCUGGCCUGCCACUGCAACAACAGGAAACAGAAAAUCUGGAACUAAUAAACUGGGUGUCAGAAAAUGAGCAAACUGUAUUUACUUUGCAGAACUAUAACAAAAUGGCUUUCUGGCUCUGGAAGUGGUGGCUUAGAGAGUAGAAGUUUGGUACCAGUUACCACACUAAGUUAUGUUAACUUUCUCAGUACUGUACCAAAAUACAGGCCAUGGUCACUAGAUGGUACAGCCAUUAUUGCACCAAGUAGGCGUUCUGAGGAAUCCUGGGAGUGUGUUUGGCUGACAAAUAUCUGAACAUUUUGAUAUGAAAACUGUCUCUAAAACAGUUCUUCUGUUAUGUAGAACUUCAGUUAUACUAAGGUUGACAUUUGCCGCGCUUACGGUAAAUGUCAUGGUGGGAGACCUUUUCCCAGAUGUGCUGGUUUUGCCUUUUGGUUCUUGCAGGCUAUCCAGCAUGAACCCAAGUAGCCUUUUGUAUAAAAACUGAUACUGUAUUAUUGCAGUUAAUACUACCCCCUCCCCUGUAAUAAAUGGAAUCACUCUUGUAUUAAAGCAUAUGUGGUGUGUAAUAAUGUCUAAUGCUAUUUGACACAAUGGAAUGACCAAAGUUCCUGGCCAAAGUUUUACUGUUGCCAACUAGAGUGAUUGGUCUGUAGGUCUGUAAGGUUCUAUAAAAGUCAUGCUUGUCAACAAUCAUAGGACUGGAUCUAACAAGCUUUGGAUUUGACUGCAAAUUGAAACCAUGCUUAAAGCGGGUAGCCCCCCUCUGCGAGUACAAUUAAUCAUGAUGCAGGAAAUAAGUAGCUAGGAUCAGUGAUACUUUAAAAGAAUCAAUAAUAAAAAGUCAAGUUAUGGAGAGGGGGAUUAAUUGGAUUGAGAAGGUGGUGCAGAGAAGGGGUUAAACUCUCUCUCCCCCACCCUUUGCAUGAUGGUGUUCUAAUUGAAAUUGCCCUCCUGAACCUGCUAUUUGCCAGGCAGGGGAGUGAGUGACCUUGCAGAUACCGUACUAACAUGCUUUCCCUUGCAGGACAGAAAACCUGUUUUGAGGGAAGUUAAUUAACAAAAUGUCAUGGGGAGACAGUUUAAAAAACCAACAGCCCUCAAGGCACCAUGGUUCAAAUUUGCCUCUCCCCCCCUCCCCCCAGCAAGGGUUGUUAAAAUAAUAAGAAAAGCUAUGCCAUGUCUAGUUUUGUUCUGAGUUGGUUGCUGGUCUCAUAAGUGAUAGAAUCCUAAUUUACAGGUUUCCCAAAUUUGAGUGUAGCUGAUUCUUGCAAUCUAACAUGAGUCAGAGAAGGGCAAGAACAGCUGUCCAAUGAAACUGCACUUGAGUAUGUCUUGAAAGGAGAAUGGGAGAUACGCAAACAAGAUUUUUCAGAUGUCUCCAUGUGGGUUGCACAGAAGUACAGCAAGUGGUCUUGCCAUACUGGCACUUGGGAAAUAAAAUACCAGAUUUUCAUCUGGUUUCAAUAAGUUUCGGUAAUCAGUACAGUAGUGGCAAGUCCAGAUGCUGGUGCUGGUCAGCUUGUGGAGAAUGGGUGUUUUGAAAAAAGUUCCUAACCGCCAUCGUAUUUCUCCUUUUAAUUCUACAACAUCCUGUAGAGGGCUGGGCAGCCAAAAGGAGCACUGGUCCUUGUGGCUGGAGACCUGUGUCUGCGUAUCUCAUUUCUCCAAACCCUCUGAUUUCUGCCACGUUCAUCCAAUAUCUCCUUUCCCAGCCCCUCUUGUAAAAAUAUUCUGCAUUCAAAAUCUAGGAAUAAAAGCAACAUAAAAUGUGAAGUAGUUUACUGAGCACAUCCCAGAUUCUGCUGAAUUACAAAAUAUAUGUCUUGUGAUCUGUCAAUGCUUUAUGCUCUGUUUUAAUACUGUCAUCUAAGUAAUCUGGUUAGCUGUCUUUAUUAUUGGGGGGUGGGGGGUGAGAGAUGUACAAAAUUAAAAGACCAGUCCUAGUAUAGACAAAGAUGAAGGCAAAAUUUCUUAGUGGUUCAGUAGGUGUGAAUUUGCACGUUUUUACAUCUGCAGCAACUGGUGUAUUCUUUCGUACUCCUGUUACCUGAACAGAAUAUUUGAGAUGUUAAGUAAUUAAUAGUGAUUUUAAUUUUAUUUUAUUUUUUUAAAAGUACUCUACCAAUUAUCUAGCUGCUGUGAUUCCAAGUAAAAUUGUUACAAUGAACCAAAUCACUUCCCACAAGUUUUGAAGCAAGGUGGCCCAUAAACAUCAAUAGGAGCUGUGGGGCAAGCAAGACAUUGGGCAUCUUCCUAGUCUCCUAAAGGGAGAGAGGGCAUGUAGAUUUGAGUUCAGCAGUGGUGAUACAGCAUUAUUAUGUUGGAUUGACAUACGCAUGUCAAAACCUCACUGUUUUGCCUGGAGAGAAUGCAACCUACUGUACAAAGAGAAGUCUAUUGCUCCAACCACUUUUGCCUCUGCCCCUCACCUGUGACUGAAAAAGCUUUCCCAACCCUAUUGCAUGCUUCCUCGUAACAAAGAUAUUGCCUGGUGCUUCUCCUUGGUCUGCCAGCACUAUAGCAAAGCCUAAUCCCUGCUCAAUUUCGUAGGAAGAAGGGAAUACCCAGCAUAGUCUUGGCAGAAUAUCUAGGGCGAUAACCUUCUAGAACAGGCAAUCCCUGAGGAGCUCAGGACUGCAGCCAUUUAGAGAAUUCUCAGACAGGUGUCUGAAGUAUUAGGAAAUAAUGAGAAAGCAAAUAACUGCUGUUUGUUCCUAGCAGCCUCUUGGGAGAGAUGCCAUAGCUAAGGUAGAGAGAGGCCGGUAAACAUCUAAUAAAACAAGAUGGCAAUUAAGAAAAACGCUGGCUCCACAGCAUUGUACUGGUGCUAAAACAAAAGCUCUGUAAUUUGCAGCCGCAUUUCAGCAGUCACUACAAUAAGUGUAAUAUUUGGCUUAGGAAGCUGCAAGAAGGUAUAAAAUGUUUUAAAACAUCCUGAACCUUCAAUACAUAAAAAUAUUUCUUUAAAUGGUGCUUCUUUUAAGGGCCCUGCCAGAAAGGGGGGCUUAGAAUCCUAACAAAUGGUGGGCUUGCAUAUAAUCCAUCAGCUGUGUUAAAUGUUAGGCUAGCUGUAGAUAUUUAGUAGAAUGCGAUUUUCAAAAAGCAAAGAAAUUGAAGCAGAAAUCCCUUCCCCCGCUUUUAAUGUUACGUGGAAGGGGAAAAAUGGUUUAGGGAAACUUAAUACCAGCCUUCUGAAAUGUCACAACACUUGCCACCCAAGAGAAAAAUACAUAAAGAGAGCAGCAGGGAUCAUGUAAGUUGACCUUGGAAACAUUAUAAAUCCCAGGAUUCUUAAUUACACAGUUUAGGGUAAUUUUGUCCCAGGGGUGUCAUCUUCCUCGUGCCCAAAUGCUCCCAAGGAGUUUCUCAGACGUGUGUGUGGCAAAUAUUUUAACUCGGGAGGAAAAAUACUGGUGUCAGUUUAGUGCAGUGUGGGAAACAGUACAAGGGUUAUGUGUGGUUGGUAAAGCUGCCUGCCCCGCCCCCUUGCGCACACACACAGGAAACCAAAACUGGCUGGACCAAAACUGGAGAAGAUAAUUUUCAAUGUGAGAUACUUCAUCUCCUUUCAGAGACUGGGAGAAUGUUGUGCAGGCAGCGAGAGAGCUGUAACCUCUUGCCUCUUAAGCACCACAAACCUGGCUAAGGAGUAUGUGUUUGCUUUCGGAAGUGACGCCAAGGGCUGCAACAAACGCAACACUGGAGAUCUGUCGUCAGGUCUCCCAGUCUGCUUUUUCAGUUCAAAGCAGGUAUGAGGUGCAGCAGUGGUGCUGGGAUGGAGGAUUGGCUUCACAUUGUCCCUUCCAUGCCAUUUUCCAGAUCUCAUCACCACUCCCUGAUGCAGCUGGUGGGGGGGCAGUGUAGAGAGAAAAAGCAAAGAGAAAAGUCUGAUUUCUUUUUUAUUAUUUUUCUGCAGCAGAUGGCAGGGAAUUGGAUUGGGAAAGAAACUGGGAAGGACCUCCAGGACCUCCACUUUUUCUGGAGGAUCACUCCCCAAAUAAUUCACUACUGUGAUUUUUUUUAAUGAUUUUUUAUGCUACUGGUGCAUGUGCCAUUAAACUGCUUCAACAAAGCAUGAGGCUCUUAAUUUCAGGUUUGUGGGUUCGAGCCCCACAUUGGGCUAAGUGACUCUUGGGGUUCCUUCAAACUCUACAAUUCUAUGGCUCUCUGGCAAGUGAAGCAGGGCUCUUUGUGUUGCAGAUUGAAUGCAGGCUGGCUCUACAUUGAUCUUUUUAAAAAGCUAAGAAAAGAAAUCCCGUUACAUAUGCAAUUUUCCAUUGACUGCUCUACAGCGCCACCUGGUGUCACAUUUUUAUAACGCAUUUAUAACAUCAUAACUCACUAGUGUAGAUUAGUCCUGAGUGUCCUGCUCAUGGUUAGCAAUGGUAUUUCUUGUCAUCUCCUCAGAAGGUGCAGGGGAUACCAACUUUCUUCUCAAACCAAAACACAAAGACAUCAUUGUCUUAAGUUGGGUGAAGAACCUUUUCUGAGAUUGGGAGUUGCGUUCCCUUCACUGGCAAAAUUCUGGCUGCAUAACAGGCACAUGUUGGGCAAUUCAAAAGUGAGCAGGGCGUUGGAUGUGACUUUAUACAUUAGGGCUGCGGUCGGGGGGGGCAGUUUAUUCUAUUUUCAUCACUUCUUCCUAACUGGUAAGCUAUACAUUUGAGCUUCCACAUGACGCAAAAGCAAUUUCUGGAAUGGGAUAUAGUGUAAAUUUGGUGCUCAUUUUCAUGUCCUUUGCUUCCAAAAAAAAAAAAUUUGUUUGCAAAGAAGAUGAAAAUGAAUGCUAAACUUGAGCUGCAUUCCACUAUAUUUCUGGAAGUGGCUUUUCCAUUGCUCAAAUACAGAAAUCAACAGUUAGGGAAACGUCAUAAAAAUGGAAUAGACAUGAAUGCAGGCUGUGUUAUAGUCAAGCCAUGCAAAGUCAGAGAUUCACGUUCAGACAAACAAGGCAUCGCAGUUUGAAGACACAUUUCAAAUCAGUAAAGGCACUCCAGGAGUGUUUUUUUCUCUCUCUGCCCUUGCCAACCAUUGGCAGAGAAUCAUAAAAUUUAGAGUUUGAAGGUACCCCAAAGGUCACCUGCUCUUUCGUGCUCAAUCGGAGCUAACAGGAAUUUUGAGUUUUCCCCAGAUUGCCAUUUGUUCUGAUAGAUCGCUAAAGAGCAGGUUUUCCCUUGGAAAGAAGUGGGGCAAGGAGAAAACUGCUUGGACCCAUGCUUAGAAAGUGUGGGUCAAGCAGGAAACUGCCAGGGCUUGUGCUUUCUAAGCACAGCACAUGAGCCCUGUAUUUUAUAUAUUUAUAAAUAUAGAACUGAGAUCAAUAACUGCAGUCACCUGUGAAUGACAGCUAUGUAAAUUUUACAAUUUUUUAUGUACUCUAAGCUGCCCAGAGUGUUUGGGGAAACCCAGCCAGAUGGGCGGGGUAUCAGUAUCAUCAUCAUCAUCAUCAUCUAGUCCAACCGUCUGCAAUGCAGGAAUCUCAACUAAAGCAUGUGGACCCUGUAAGGUUGUGCAGAAGGGAAUGAGGCCCUUGAAAUCAAAAAAGUCCCCUGCGCCUGGACAGCAUCUGCUCCCCUUCAGCUCUGCGAGACUCUGGAUGCUACACCUACAGCUCAGGAGCUACAUUUUUGCAUCAGGCUGGCACAACCUCAUAAUGAAGUGAAUGGCUGCAGGCCAAACCUUUUCUGCCCCCAUCCAGGUGGCAAAUGGAAAAGUGGUGGAACUCUUAAGACAGCAGGGGGAGUGUUUGCCAACAGAAGCUGUAUAUACUGAUAAAAUGCAAGCUGACUUGUCCAGAUAGCACCGAUGCACAGCUGUCUGCAGCUGGCAUCUUUCCUGCAAACAGCACCCUCCUUUCUUUCUCUGGCAGCUGUUACUGGGAGGGAGUCCCCCCCCCAGCAGCUGUGGAUGAGUUCCUGGAGAAUUUUUUUGUUGAAAACAAUAGCAAACAAAUGGGGGGGAAUGACGGGGAAUUCAUAACUUGUGGGUGAUACUAUAUCCAAUCUUGGCCCUACUUAAAGUAGACCCAUUUAAAUCCAUGAACAUGGCUAACUUUAGCCCAUUAAUUUAAGUGGGUUUGCCCUGAGUAGGACUAACAGUGGACACAUUAAUUAGCUUCCAUUUGUUGAGUUAAAUAGAUUUGUUCAUAUCCUGAUGAUGGUAUCUAGUGACUUUAGAUAAAAUAUGAAGAAUAGUAUAGAAGGCACAAUGGAACCCUCCAUACAGUUAUUUGGUAGUAAGCCUUUCUAAAUACAGUGAAACUUACUUGUCUGCAAACAUGCAAAGAAUUUGAUGGUUCAGCUAGAAUGCUAAGCAUGCUUUUGACCGCAAUUUUAAACAUACUUUUUCUAGGGGAGAAAGACCCUUUGAACAUAGUGCAAAUUACUUCUGAGUAAACAUGCAAGGUAAGGAGGGAACACUGAACUCAGUGGAACCUAUUCUUCAAGUAGAGAUGGGGGAUUUGAUUCAGUUCACAUUUAAAAGCAAACCUUACUUUUUGCCAUAUGGUUUGAUUCUGUUUCUUAUACAAACAUAAAAACCCAUGGAUGCUCACAGUUUUAUUAGUUAUGCAAAUGUUUUGAAAUCCGUAGGUGUUACUCUGAGUUCUUGGUUCUAAAAUGCAUCUGUGAACAGAUAAACAGGUGGUCAUUUUCGUAGUUUUAUUUUAAGAGACAGUUAUCAAGUGGAUUCAACACCUAAUUUUAUUUCCACUUUGCUGUACAAUUGCCAGGUCUGACUCUCUAUAUAUUUAUCUGCCUUCACUACUUGUGGCAACAAAAAAGAAGAAACUUUGUAUUAUUUUAUUUCUGGAUAUGUUUUGCUAAAGUAUUUUUUUCUUACAUAUGUCUGUCAAAAUAACUUUGAAAACUCAAUAAAAUACUGAGUAGG